AGUUCCAAAGAGUAUCAUGUGCCUGUUAAAAAGCUCCAUAGUUCCACACAGCCCUAAAUCAGCUAUAAAGUACGAACUGGCUAUUUGGGCAUACUGGAACUGGAUACUAUUUGGCAUAGUUAUAGCGACACAUAACACCAAAGAUUUACUGGUUGCCUAUACAGUAACAGAUAGAGCGCUACAUGCUGUUUUGUUAUCUGAACAAUAUUCCAACCGUUUACUGUCUGAUUAAACUCAGCUCCCUCAGGUCUCUGGCCGUCCUUAUGGUUCCUUUUAGACUGAGAAUUUGAGUGAUAAAAAUCCGGAAUCGACUCCGAUCCCACUCUUGUACUUUUGGAACCGGCUCCGGAAGGUAGGUUCGCCCAUCAUUAUAUGGAGUCGUUCGAAAUCGUCCGGUCAGCGAUAGUUUGGAUAACAAAAUAUCGGCAGCAUUUUACUCUUUCGGUAUCUUGGAUGAGUUCCAAAAUCUGGUAUUAGGAUGAAGUCACACACACAUACUUAAAUACAUUACAUUUCCGCUAUAGACAGCAAAAAGAAAUGUAAAACAAACAAUUACGAUUUCACUACAUCUUGAUAGUUCGACCAAAAUAGGUCACCCGAAAACAAAACAAGAAGCGUUACCAGGCGUUAUAUCUACAAAUCUGUCAAAAAUGCUGCUUACGGCAGUCCAGCAGCGCCCUCGCCCUCAUCCAAACAAAACCCCCUUCCAUUCCAACCCUUUUUACCGCUGGUCCUAAUUUCUGUCUAAUCAACUGGGAACGCUCUCGAAACCGGGCCCGCCGCCAAGUGCCUUCAAGCCUCGGGCUAUCUCACCAGCGCUUUAGUUUUGUUUCGGUCCUCUCACACUAAAGCAAAGCAAAAAAAAAAGUCAUCUCGCAUCCCCUCCCGUUAGCAAUAGAGUAGUUUUUUUUUUCUAUAGCCCGCAACUAAGUAGUGGUGGGAGGUGAUCACACAAAACAACCACCUAAGGUACGACAAACACGGGCCCCACUCCAGCGUGCCAGUUCUACCAGUGCCGCCGUACGGAGAUAAAGCACUGCAAUCCCACCAAACCUUGCGGGUACAUAAGCACCAGCGCAAUCUCAUCCCGAAUCUCACAGUUUCCCACGUGUCGGACGUGUCCGAGACCCGCUGCUCAAGAUGAUUGCCGCCCGGGCACUGCACUACGUCUUCAAGAUUGGUAAUCGCGCGAAGAACAUCCAAUUCUUCCGGGAGAUACUGGGCAUGAAGGUACUACGUCACGAGGAAUUUACGCAAGGUUGUGAUGCCGCCUGCAAUGGACCGUACGACAAUCGGUGGAGCAAAACGAUGAUCGGGUACGGGCCGGAAGCGUCCCACUUCGUGAUCGAGCUGACGUACAACUACGGCGUGCGGGAGUACGCACUGGGCAAUGAUUUCGCCGGGCUGACGAUUAAGUCGCGCGACAUACUGGACCGCGCCCGGCGCCACGGCUACCCGGUCGCGGAGGAGGGCGCCCCGGGCGAACCGUCCGUGCUCCUGUCGCCGGACGGGUACCGGGUGCUGGUCGUGCCGGAGGAGGUGCCGGCCGGCGCCGACCCGGUACAGCGCGUCGCCCUGCACGUGACCGAACUGGCCCGCUCCCGGGCGUACUGGGCCGACACGCUCGCGAUGGUACCGGUGGCGGGGACGGCCGACCCAUCCCCCGACCGGCUUGCGCUUUCGUACGAUCAGGGCAAGUUUGUGCUGGAGCUGCGGCAGCUGGCCGCCGGCACGCCGCUCGACCGGGCCAAAGCGUACGGGCGCAUCGCGUUUGCGGUGCCGCACGCCACCCAGCCCCACAUCGACGAGCUGAUCCGGCGGGCGGGCGGCACCGUCCUUACGCCGCUCAUCUCGCUCGACACGCCCGGCAAGGCGACGGUGCGCGUGAUCAUACUGGCCGAUCCGGACGGGCACGAGAUCUGCUUCGUGGACGAGGAGGGCUUCGGCGCCCUGUCCGCCCUCGAUCCGGACAGCAAUGCCGCGCUGGACAAGUACAUCGCGAAGGAUCCGUUCCAGGAGCAGUGAGCCCGACAUUCCGCAAUGGGAGAACGUUUUAUAAAGAGAGAGAGAGAGAGAGAGAGAAAAAGGAAUUAUUAAUUCGUAUUGCAUAGCGAGACAAAACACAAUGCAAGACACAAACGCGCACUGGUGAAGGGGAUGGACGCGGAGCGUAGGAACUGUGUACUUAGUGGACAAUAAAUGAAUCAUCACCCUUUCCA